GGUAGCUUCCGGGUGUCGGGGUUUAUUUCCGGGAGUGCGGCGGCGUUCCCGGGGCAGGGUGGGGGGGUGGUUGUGGUGCUAUUGUCACUGUCACCAUCACCAUGAGCACCAUGUUCGCUGACACCCUCCUCAUCGUCUUCAUCUCCGUGUGCACCGCGCUGCUGGCCGAGGGUAUCACCUGGGUGCUGGUGUACAGGACAGACAAGUACAAGAGGUUGAAGGCUGAAGUGGAAAAGCAGAGCAAGAAAUUGGAAAAGAAGAAGGAAACGAUAACUGAGUCAGCAGGCAGACAGCAGAAGAAGAAAAUAGAGAGACAAGAAGAGAAACUGAAGAAUAACAACAGAGACUUGUCAAUGGUUCGGAUGAAAUCCAUGUUUGCCAUCGGCUUCUGCUUCACUGCCUUGAUGGGAAUGUUUAACUCUAUAUUUGAUGGCAGAGUGGUGGCAAAGCUUCCAUUCAUCCCCCUCUCCUAUAUCCAAGGUCUCUCCCACCGCAACCUUCUGGGUGAGGAUUACACUGACUGCUCCUUCAUCUUCCUCUACAUUCUCUGCACAAUGUCCAUCAGGCAGAACAUCCAGAAGAUGCUUGGUCUUGCUCCUUCCCGGGCUGCCACCAAGCAAGCAGGAGGCUUCCUUGGCCCACCACCUCAGGCAGGGAAGUUCUCCUGAAGCACAGAUGCAGCCCUCAGGGAAGAUCUGGGGCCAGUGCACAGGACUGCCUUUGGGAGGUAACAGGAUGGGAUUCUGCACCAGGUUUCAUGUCUCCAAACACAGCCUAUGGUUGGCCACAGCUUUGGAAACACCUUCCCUGGGGACUAUUCUGCUGGUGGUUGUUUGCUCAUCAAACCAAGAAAGUUCUCAGAAGAUAAUUGGACCUCUUGUUUCUGGUGUUUCUGGGAAAUAAAUGGCAUGGGCAUGUUGA